AAUUACUACUUACUAACUAUUUCUUCUCGGGAUAUAAUAGCUUUUAUUAUCGUAACGAUUUACCUUAACUUAUAUAUCAGAACGAUUACUAAAUUCUUACGUAAGCGACUUAACUUUAUAACUACCCUUAAAAAACUUCUCGUUUUUAAAGCUUAUAGAGAAUUUAUAUUAAUAGAGGUCGGCUAUAGCCUCGAUACCCGCAAUUUAGAAACGACUAUAAUAAUAAAAGCUAACGGGUCUUUUACCCUAAAUACGCCGAACGUAAGCAUAGCUAAAGCUAUACUACUAUCCUUAUUACUAAUUAGUAUAGCCCGCGUUACUAUUAUUUUUACUUAG